CACCUCUGUGCAGCAGGAUCAGGCUCGACGCGUCGUGGGUGUUGGGGCGGGUCCACGCGGCGUCACUUUGCUUCUUGCCUCUCUCUCGUUUGCCUUAAACAGCCUUCAGCCAGCCACACCUCGCAUAGCAAGCACCUCCCACACCUCAGCCUUGCCGGAGCAGUGAAGCAAGCACCUCCCACGUCCCACACAGAUCGAGCAGCGACGUACGCUCGGAUCCAUGGACUCCCCGCAAAAGAAGCUCGGAUCCACCAUGGACGGAGAGAUGCCACAUCUGCUGCCUGUGACUGUGAGCGAGACCGUGUCCAACUCCAAGGAGACGCGGGCCGCUCCUCCUCCGGACGCUGUCGUGAUUGUCAGCGAGUGGGCGUUCUACCCCGGCUUCAUCGCCUUUCUCUUCUACACCCUGCAUUAUGCAAUCACUUCCGCACUGUCCUUGUUCUUUCUGCUGACGGGCGCGGAGGCGGAGGCCGCCAAGGUGAGCGUCCUACACGUCGGGAUGCUGUGCUUUGCCGCACUCCAGGUGGCCGCGGCGGCGGUGGCUCUGCGGCUCCCGCGCCGCCGCGGCUGGGUCCGCUACGCCUUCGCCUACCUCGCCCUCGCGCUCGCCAUCGUCGGCCACUGCAUGUUCGCCGCUGGAGACCACUUCUUCAGGAUCUUGCGCACCGUCGGCAUCUUCAUCUACGCUGCGGGCGAUGUCCUCUGCUUCCUGGCCCUCCUCCUCGACCUCCUCGGCCUCCUGGGAGGUGAGAAGUAGGACAGAAGCAGGGCAAACAGUAGGCAGGGGAUCAGCUCAUGAGAUGAGGUACUGAUGAGUGCGCAGUUACUUCUAAUUAAGGAAUAAUGUCGAGUAUGCAUUAUGAUGCGAAGACUGAUCUCAGUGCUGGCCGUAUGUGCGAAUCUACUAGCUAGCUAAUGUAAUGUUAAUUAAUUGGAUAAAACAACUAUAUACUACUAGCUAGUUAGUACAUUUGUGUGAUACGUCUGAAAAUCACCUAGCUAUCUAGAUUGUGGUUUGACCUUUUAUCUGUGUGACCAGACAUGAGUUAUAUGAUGAUUAUGGUUAUAUAUAUCUAGUCUCUGCUUAAUUGACGCUGGUGAAAUUGGUAUGUGCAUGCACACAUGCAUGUUGUUACUCAUGUUGACAAUUAUUUCUCAUUUUUUCUGGCAAACCGCUGGCGUAGCAAUAAUGCAGCCAUCGGGGUUCGGCUUUCGGUUUGGUUUGGAUUUUUCGGUGAGGAGUGGAUGCAUGUAUGGCUUGGAGUGUCGUCCUUUCCAUUGAGGUUCUUCUUCAGAUGUGGAUCCAUAUAUAUGCCGGCCAAUUGUAUGAGCACUUGAGCUGAUACGUUGUUGUUUUUUUAUGAAAAGAGACACAAUCGUCCACCAUGAACCUUUAGAGCAUUGUUCAAACCUGUAGGGUUUU